CCGGUUCGUGAUACCUGUGGCAAUCGGCAAAGUUUAAAAGUGAUCAGCGCCGACAAUACAGGUGAAGUGGACAUCGACCCUACAUGUUGUGACCAGUGACUGCCACAAUGACAAGUCUGUGUCCAGGCCCCCUGUUCGCCACCCCGGGACUCAACCAGUACUCCACCCCCAGCUCACGCACCUCCACCCCCUCCGAUAUAGAAAAACGCUUAUCCCGGGUACCAUUCAAUGGCAUCCCCUGGCCCAAGCAAAGCCCUGUGUCCCGAGUGUAUGAUGUCCGCAACUCCAGCACCCAGAUGAUCCUUCUGAACAACAAAUACACCAGGAAGAGUGGUCAAAGGGGUGACAAUCGUGUUUCUGUGAAGGGGUGUCGACUGAGGGGUCAGACGAUGAACGAUGGACAGAUCAAAGCACCAGACCCAACAAGACAUUCAGGAGAGACCCCCUAUGUGAAUCGCAAGAGUCACACAGAUUGUCUGACCUCGACCACGCCUGUGUUCCAGCCCGAGGUCAAGACCAGUCUCAAGUGGGCCAAUAAAACACAGAGACCACCACUCAAAUUUGAAGACGGCUCCAGCGUCAACUACAAGCGACACACAGCAUGUAUGACAACUGAGGAUCUGCGCAUGAUGAACUGGCAACGACCUCGCCGCCCCUACAGCACGUCCAUCGUCCGGGAGUCCCAGCAGUGCAACAACCCCCUGCUGGACGACCUCAACCCUGGGGAACGCCUGUACCUGUACAGCAUAGCAAGGGUGUACAGUGUGGACAGCAUGCGCCGACUCAAACAGAACCAGUACUGUCAGCUGCUGCAGAAAGAGGGCCAGAGAGGAGGGUACUCGGCAGAGGAGUACAGGCGCUACAUGAAGUACCUGAGCAGCCAGAGGAAGACCCAGCAUGGUGCAACCGACACAUACCAGCGACGGCGUAUCCGCUCUGCACCUUCAAAUCGGGACACACAGACAGACAAGACUGGGACACCGUCAGAACAAUCACAGUCAAGACCUGCCUCCACAAAAUCAAAAUCUAGAUCAACCUCCCGCUCACUGUCAAGAGCAUCUCUAGCUUCCAAUAAGUCGAAUAAGAAGAAAGCACAGGAGACGCCAACAGAGUCCAAAAGCACUUGA